GGAUUUGCUCCAUAAUACAAUUUUUUUUGAAAGAGCUCCAUAAUACAAUUAGUUAUAGGUUUCUCUCUCUCUCUCUCUCUCUCUCUCGUCUCUCUUCCUUGCGGUUGUCGUCCGGCCGCGGAUCCUUGCGUCGUUUCUUCAUGAUAUGAUAUGGAGACCAAUUCGCGGCAACCAGGUAGUAGUCCUCCACCAAAGCCUUGGGAACGAGUUGGUUCCUCAUCUGGUCCUACGCCCUUUAAGCCACCCUCUGUAGGCAAAACAAGUGAUGUUGUAGAGGCAUCUGGAACAUCAAAACCUGGUGAACUUGUACCGGCAGCUAACAGGAAUACAGCUACUAAUAUAAACACAGUUGCAAGACCUGUGCCUACUCGGCCUUGGGAGCAGCGGCAGACAUAUGGUAACACUUUUGGAGGUUAUGGUUCUGGUUUAAACUAUAAUUCUGGUUAUGGAACAGGAAUAAAUGGUUCAUAUGGAAUGGGAAUGUAUAAUGGUGGAUUGUAUGGGAACAAUAUGUAUAGAGGAGGUUAUGGUGGGCAUUAUGGAGGUGGGAUGUAUGGUGGUGGAAUGUACAACAGUGGCAUCGGAGGCCCAAUGGGUGGUUAUGGAAUGGGCAUGGGGGCCCCAUAUGGAGAACAAGAUCCAAACAAUCCAUUUGGUGCUCCUUCAUCUCCACCCGGCUUCUGGAUUUCCUUGAUUAGAGUGAUGCAAGGUGUUGUAAAUUUCUUUAGCCGAAUUGCAAUGUUGACAGACCAGAGUGUCCAGGCAUUCCACGUGGGUGUAACCGCACUUCUUCAGCUGUUUGAUCGUUCAGGAUUAUUGUACGGAGAAUUUGGAGAGCUAGCUAGAUUUGUGCUGAGAAUAUUAGGAAUCAAAACAAAGCCCAAGAAAGUUCACCCCCCUAGUGCUGAAGGGCUCCCUGGCCCUCAGAGUCUUCAAGGGAAUCAACACUACAUUGAGGGACCUAAGGCUGCUCCUAGUGGUGCCUGGGACAGUGUAUGGGGUGAUAAGUGAUAAUACAAGUAGUUAAUGGGCGCCAAUCACUCCCAUUUUGCUAUGCUCCUAUCCUCCUAUAUAAGUGAUUGCGGGUAGAGGUCUCUAUGACAACAAAGAGUGCAGGUAAAAUGAUGCUGCAAUACCCUGUAUAGAGUGCGUAAUUUCCCCGGAUAAGGAUAAUAAGAGGGCGUUUACUAACAUGAAAUUUUCAAGAAAAUUUUUGAAGUUGUUGAUACAACUCUGGGUUGGUUAUAGGACUCAAAUGUCAUAGAUUCAUGCUUCAGAAACCUUUCUAGACUAGUAUAGGAUGAGUUUUUUAUUUAUUUAUUUUUUUUUUUGACUUUAUGCUUUGGCAUGAAGAAUUUAGUGCCAAUGAGGCAACACAGCCGUUAAUCCAGAAAUUCAUUCACACAGCAAUAGUGGUUCAUAUUUUGAUUAUUC